AUGAAGAGACGGCUCGCAGCGCUGCUCGCUGCAGCAGCAGCCGACGACUGCUGCUGGUUCGCGCGCAGCCCGAAGGGCACGACCUUCGAGAAGCCACGACAAGCCAUCGACGCCUGCGACACGAAACAUCUGUGCUUCGUCGCGUGCUCCCCGUCGCGGCGGCGCGUGGCCCAGACCUACUACAAAGAACGCAUCGCACCCAAGGCCUGCACCUGCGAUCCAAACCAAGUCGCACGCGAGGCGAACUUCUCGUCGCUGGCGAAAACGCCCGUGUCGAAGAGCCUGCGGGCCGUCUACGCGGGUGCGUUCCUCGCGCCCUACAAAGUCGCGGCGCGCGUCGACUGGCGGGGCCUCGCCGGCGAGCCGCUGGACGCCGCGAAUAAUGGCGUCCUACGGGAGGCGAGCGCGGUCUGGCGCCCGGCGCACCCCGAAUCCAUCAGGGUGAUGCACUUGUCAGCGUACGAGCACGGCGUCGUCGCGCGCCACUCGUAUGCGGAGGCGAUGCGGCGCGUGGACGCGGUCAUCCAAUGGCAGCUUAGAGAUUUGUGCGGUACGACGCCGAGGCGGUGGCCGCGCUACAACAGUACGGCUGCGGUCGUCCCCUUCCUCGGCGGCGUGCGGAAGCACGGCGUGGAGGCGCGGGCGCUCAAGGCGCGAGCCCUGAAAGCGAGCGUCUGCGGGUUGCGGCGGGACGUGGCCGCGCACGUGCGUCGCGGUCUGCGACGACGACGACCGGACGGCGGCGGCCGAGGCGCUUGGUGAGCUGGCGGAUGUCGUGGUGGUGCCGUGCCCUGGGCGCCGGUCGUCGGGCGCUUUCCUUCCUCGCCCCGGGCACCUGACCUUCCUGGCCCUCGUAGACGCGAUCGAGGCGUUCUCCUUCGUCGACUUUUUAGCGUUUGGCGAGGCCGACCUCACAUGGAGAUUAUCAGAAGAAGCGGGCGCCGCCGCGGCGAAGUUGUUUGAGGUCGCGCCGGACGCCGUGCUGACGCCCCACCGCUGGUACAAGCGCCACGCGUCCGCGGCGGAGCGCGGCGACGCCGCCGGCACGCAGCCCACGGGCCAGAACCUGUGUUCCUUGCGGGCCGGCGCGCGCAUGGCCGCCGUCGCGCGCGUGCCCGGGUAACACUAGUGUAUUG